CAUUCUAACAAAGGUUCAGUUUUUUUCUCUGUCCCUUAAUUAAAACAACUUGGAAAUUGAAUUAAAUUUAAUUUCUUGUAUUUUCUUUUAAUUAUCUGUGAUUAAGUACUUCCUGAAGCUCCAUUUAGUGGCUAAGAAAAGCUAUUUUUUACAGAUUUACAAUGGAUUUUGUUAUGGAAAAUCAAGACAUUAAGAGCCUUGAACACCCCACCCUCAAGGUACCUUAUGAGAUUUUGAAUAAAAAAUUCCGUGGAGCUCAGAAAACUAUCGACCGUGAGGUUUGUCAUGUUCAAAGUUGUGUUAACACUUUGGAAAAAGCUGUUCUUGGUCAAGGGUCCAGUUUACCUACAGUGAGUACCAUUACCGAUCUCUUGUCUGGUGUGGUUGAGAAAUUGACUGUUCUCAAGCGUAAAGCUAAGGAAAGCAUAAUGGAUGAAUUGGAAGCUGCCAAAUGUUGUAAACGUCGAUUAGAUCAUCUUAAAGAAUAUUGUAAUCCACGAACAACCGAAGCUUCCAUCAAUCAAUGGAAAAAACGUCGAUUGGACCGAAUGCUUGUAGAACAUUUUUUAAGAUCUGGCUAUUAUGAUUCAGCGAUCAAAUUAGCUGUUCAUUCCAAUAUUGAACAUUUGACGAAUAUCGAUUUAUUCCUAGUUUCCCGACAAGUGGAAGAAUCUCUUUUACGCAAAGAAACUGGACAAUGUCUAUCCUGGUGUCAUGACAAUAAGUCAAAACUUCGCAAAAUCAAAAGUCCUUUAGAAUUUAAUCUUCGACAACAAGAGUUUAUUGAAUUUAUUAGACAGAACAAGCGAAUUGAAGCCAUCAAACAUGCUCGAAAAUACUUGAGCUGUGUGGAAGGUGAUCAAAAGGUUGAUCUACAACAUGUAAUGGGCUUAUUAGCUUUCAAUCCAGAUACCGAAGUUGAACCCUACAAGUCUCUUUUUGAUGAAACCCGAUGGUCAAGUUUAGUUGAACAAUUUCGUUUGGCUAAUUUUAAAUUGUAUCAACUGAGUCCAACCUCUGUUUUUGCAAUAACACUUCAAUCAGGUCUUUCAGCUCUAAAAACACCUCAAUGUUACAGUAAAGAUACGGAAAAAAAUCCCGAUUGUCCCGUUUGCUCAGAUCUCCUUAACCAAUUGGCCAUACCACUUCCCUGUUCCCAUUGUUCACAAUCUCGUUUAGUUUGUCACAUCUCUGGUCAACCAUUGAAUGAACAUAAUCAUCCAAUGGUCCUUCCUAACGGAAAUGUCUACGGGGAACUAUCACUCAAACAAAUGGCCAUAGAAAAUGGUGGUAAAAUAAUAUGUCCACGAAGUAAAGAGGUUUACGAUUUAAAAGAUGCUGAAAAAGUGUACGUAAUGUAAUCAAAAACAUCAACACCACAAAAUGAUACACAACAAUAUCAACAACAACAACCACACACACACACACAUUACAAUAAUUAUAAUCAACCCAAAAUCUAUAGAUAAAACCAACAGACAAACAAAAGAUAUACAAAUCAACAAUGGCCAUCAUACACAUUUCAAAAUAUUCAUCAAUUAUAAACAAAAUUAAAUUCUCAUCUCAAUAACCAAACAGAAAAAAAAAUAAACGCAAAGGUUAAUAA